AUGAACGGCCUCGACGAGGAGGACGAGGGUCCUGCUAAUGCAGAUUAUGCCAGGGCCCGUGAAUUACAGAAAUACUAUCAGCCAUGGCUCCAAGACUCGACUGCCUUGCGCACAGUCCCUAUCAACGACCAACAUGAACCACGUUCGUCAGUCCGCUGCUCCGAUGACAGGACUCUUACUGCCCUGGCCCAGCUGGCCGCUCUGCGUCUUCAGGCCAAGCGUGCUAUGGUCUCCCUUAUCAGCGCCGACACUCAGAUGAUCCUGGCCGAGGCCACAAAGUCGCUCUCUCUCGUCGACCGGGAAAGACAUGCGCCCGGAGAUCACAUGUGGUUCGGUCAGGCGUCUGUACCACGUAAAGAUGCCAUGGACGAGCACGUCUUUGGCUCCAGCUAUACCGUCAAGAAUGCUGAUGGCCAAGAACAAACUUUCGAGGCUAUGGUCGUUCCCGACGUUACGAAAGAUGAACGCUUCAACAACCGACCCUAUGUCCUCUCAGAGCCUGGUGUUCGAUUCUAUGCUGGUGUACCUAUCGUUACAAAACAAGGUUAUAGGAUAGGCGUUUAUGGCGUCUCGGACGAUGUCGCGCACCCCCAAGGUCUCUCCCUAGACGACGUCCUGUUCAUGCAAGAGGUGGCCCAGAUCAUAACCAAUCACUUGGAACGUGUCAAGAAUACCAUCGACAACGAGAGAGACGAAGUCUUCGUCAAGAGCAUGCACAAGUUCAUUGAAGGCCUGACCACGUUGAAGCACGACAUAGAAAAUCCUCUUCAAGGGCUUCUGGACAGCGAAGCUAACGACCACGCUGACGACCUUCAAGCAACCGAUGCUCAGGAUGAUCAGACCGAGGACAAAGAAGAAGAAGAUGAGGAAAGCCAAGAAGAUGACUCAGGCGAAUCGCCGUCGGACCAUACCACUUCAAAUGCAGACAAAACGCCUGAAGGAUCACAGUCCGAACCUGAAGUCGUCGCUGCUAAACACGUCGUGGACACAGAAACACCUCAGAAAGACAGCAUGGACUCCUCAACCUACAAUAUCACACAAGUCUUUGACCGAGCAGCUACCUGCCUGCGCGAUGCUCUUGACGCACAAGGCUGUAUCUUCCUAGAUGCUGCCGCUGGCAUCUUCGCUCUCGAUGGCGCUCUGUCCCGUCCUCCGAGCAACGAACCCCCAACCUUUUCAGACGCUGAUCUUCGUUCUGAUCCUGAUUCUCCAUCUGCCGACGAGCUAGAAAAGAACGCAGUUCCUCUUGCUACUGCUAUGGCUGAUGGUGUCAAUCUAAAUCUCGAGGAAGGUCUGAUAAAGAAGAAACAUUUAAAAACGUGUCUCAUGCGCUAUCCUUAUGGCCAAUAUUUUUAUGUUGACGAAGGUCAAGUCUUUCCUACUAUGGUGUUCGAAUCGAACGAUACCGUCGUUGGCAGUGGUACUAGCAGCACCGCAAGACCGAAUUGGUUGACUCGCAAGCCGCGUUUAGGAUCUCACCUCUAUCGUACGCACCUUCCUCGACAGUUGCUGGAUCAGCUGCCCGACGUAAAGUGGUUGAUCUUCAUGCCACUCUUCAACCCCACUCAAGGUCAGUGGUGCGCUGCUGCCUUCAUAUGGUCGACCAAAACAAGCGUGCGCGACCUCGAGUCCGCCAUGCCAUAUCUGAAGACUUUUGGCUCCUGUAUGAUGAGUGAGGUUACUAGUCUCGAAGCCUUCAAUACCAGCUUAGCCAAGUCAACUCUGCUGGCGUCAAUUUCACACGAUCUAAGGUCGCCGCUCCAUGGAAUGCUGGGCUCUUUGGAAUUCCUCGAAGAUACCAUGACCACUGCUUACCAGAUGAGCUUGCUCGGAUCCGUUGAAACCUGCGGGAAGACUUUGUUAGACACUAUCGACCAUUUGCUCGAUUACGCAAAAAUCAACAAUCUCAACCGAGCAACGACUGGGAAGAAACUCGGACACCGAGACAGUAUUCAUCAGCACUCUUCCGAACUGACCGCCUUCGAUUUCGGUCUGCUUUUAGAAGAAGUUGUGGAAGCGGUAUUUGCUGGACAAACCUUCCGAAAAUCACGACUUCAUCGCCAUGAUCCAGUGGACGACGCCAUCAGCAGAGUCCACAAUAUUGGGGUGGAUGAUUCUCCAGCCGACGCGGCCAUACAUGCUGGAAGCGCAAAGUUUUCUGGCAAGGUAUUCUUCAUACUCGACAUCUUUAAGACCCAGUCCUGGUGUAUGUUAGGCAACACGGGUGCGCUACGACGUGUCAUCUUAAACGUGGUAGGAAAUGCAGUCAAGUAUUGCAGCAAAGGCAAUAUUCACAUUACGCUAGAUGCGAAAAAUGUGACGGAUACACAUGCUGAUGUUGAGCUCAGUGUGAAAGACACAGGCGUUGGCAUGUCUCAGAAGUUCAUGGAGAACCACUUGUUCAAAGCAUUCUCGCAGGAGGAUCCAUUCGCACCAGGCGCAGGUCUUGGUCUCUCUAUUGCAUCAUCCAUCGUACACACGUUAAAUGGCAAGAUUCGUGUAGAAAGUGAGAAAGACGUUGGCACAAACGUCAUUCUUUCUCUGCCUAUGGCACGCGCGACGAACAUUCAGUGUGAGGACGAGGAUAUUAUGCGUGACGCUGCGAGGGUUGCCUCCGGCAAAUCAAUAUGUAUGCUCAAUCCUUAUAUCGACGAUGAGUCGACUGGACAGCUUUCGAAGCUUACUGCGAGUAUGGCUCGCACGGUUGAGCAGUAUUUUAAUAUGAAGUGGUACCAGAGUCGAGUGGUGGAUGCUCAGCCAGACACCAGCAUCUUCAUUUAUUGUGAACCGCCCCCAAUUGAGUAUCUAUUGAAGCACCAUACUGAGCGUAGAGAAAGUGGAAAAAGUGGACAGGAGGCGGCAUUGCUCAUCAUUUGCACCAAUGCUUUCGAAGCAGCUGCUCUCCGUUCAGCCGGAGUUGCUCAGCUCGUCAACUUAGGCAGGAUAAUCGAGGUCAUCAGCCAGCCGGUCGGAGCUCGAAAACUUGCCAAAGUUUUGCUGUCAUGCAUGCAACGUAUAGAGGCCUCGGGCAAGCAGGAAACGCAACGUACUUCGCGCAAAGAUAUGAUGUCGUCGAAUGAGCCCAAACAGCGCGCUGCUGCGGUCAAUUGGCAGCAAUCGUUGGUCAUCUACGACGAGAAAGACAAUCGACAUCGCCCAGCUAUCCAGGAAAUCAAGUGGAAGUCGGACGUAAAUGUGCCCACAGAUAAGAAGUUCGAUAGUCCGACUCCUAAGCCCCCAGAUUUUGGAGAUAUCAAAGCUGGAAUGUUGCCUGGUAUGGGUGAAAUGCCACACAAAGACGCUACUAACGAAAACGCAGGCACGCCGCCAUCGGUACUUCUUGUAGAUGACAACGCGAUAAACCUCAAGUUGCUAGUCACGUUCAUGAAGAAAAUCAAACUUCCGUAUGCUGAGGCAGUCAAUGGUCUUGAUGCUUUUAACAAAUUCAAGGAAGCAGAGCGACCUUUUGACUUUGUACUUAUGGAUUUACAAAUGCCCAUCAUGGGUGGAUUGGAAUCUACGCGAAAAAUCAGAGAAUAUGAGAAGGAAAUGAAUGUCACCAAAUCCGCGAACAUCAUAGCUAUCACAGGCGUCGGCAACGAAGACGUUCGACAAGAGGCUAUGGAUGCUGGUAUGACACAGUAUUUGACGAAGCCGGUCAAGUUCAAGGGUUUGCAGCAAUUACUGGAAAAGUCACAUCAACCUUGA